GCGCAGAUUAGUGAGCGAUUCUCAGUGCUGCUCUCGGUGCGAUACGACGUGCGAACGGUUGGUGCGCGCGCUUGUUUCGAGAAACGGAGCAGAAAAAAGGAAGAAAUUAAGUUCUACAGCAACGGUUCGCUUGCCUCUGAGUCUGCCAGUUCCGUGUACCGAUUGUCCGGUGGAAAAGUCGAUACCGAAGGAAGUUAAGCAAAACAAUCCACUCCAGGAGCUCUUUCCCAACUCGUUCGGGAGCGGGAAACAAAACAGCGCAAAGGAGAACGGAAUACAGCAGAGCAAGAGAAUCCAGCGCUGUAGAUCGAUCGAUCACAGGUUCGUGUGGUUUGCCCUUUGCCAAAGUGUGCCGCGUGUGUGCGUACUGCGAAGGAAGAAACCGUAAACGUAUGUGUGUGUGAGAGAGUCUAACGUUACAUAGUUCGCCAAUCCGUACGUUUGCGUACCUCGGGGUCUCAUCUUCCUCUUGAAGUAAGGAAAAAGAACGAAAAAGUCAAGUGCGUUUUAGUACUGCGCUUAGGAAGCAAGUGAAGAACGAGCAAGUAAAAGGAAGAAAUAAAACCCGAAGAAAACACCAGGAACACAAUAAUCUGGAUCGAAGAAGUUGCGCUAUAUUCACGUCGCCCUUGUGUGUGUUUUUGUGUGUGAAGCAAAGAGAAAAACAACAAAAAACGCGAAUCGAUUGUGUGUUUUCAGCCGCGAACUAAUGUCAUACUGAUACGUGCGAAAGUGUGUACGUGUGUGUGUAAUUAUAUUUGCCACUCGGAAGACUCUGAUCGACGACAACUACCUGUUGUGGUGGAAUAGAACAGCGCCACUUGGUAGCAGCAGCAGUAUCAGCAGCAAACUUAAAGAUUAAAUAUUCAACCAGGGCACGAUUGCAGCUAGGAGAAAUUAAUCAACUAAAAACAAAUACAGUACAUUGAAGAGGACUUUUAAAAACGUGUUGAAACGUUGAAUUAAAACACACAACAGUUGAAUUAUAGCAGCGGAAAAAUUCAGCAUCGAAAAUGAUUCACGUGGAUGAAACAGAUCCCCUCGGAGACAUUCCACCAGCGUUCCCGUACCGAGAGGUGGAAAUUAAGCGCGGCAUCGAUCCAAAACAGAUAUACGAGCUCAGCUCCGAGCUUGGCAGGGGAAAGUUCGGCGUAGUCUACAAAUGCAAGGAAAAGUCGACCGGCGUCCGUCUGGCGGCCAAAUUCAUCCAGAUCGUAAAGAAGGGCGACCGGCGCAACAUCGAGCGCGAGGUGCACAUGAUGAACGUGCUACACCACUCGAAGAUCGCUCAGCUGUACGCGGCGUACGAGUUCGAUCGUACCUUCUGCGUCAUGAUGGAGCUCGUGGAGGGCGGCGAACUGUUCGAUCGAGUGCUGGACGAAAAGUUCGUGCUGACCGAGAAGGCGUGCUCGAUCUUUAUGCGCCAGAUCUGCGAUGCGGUCGCGUACAUCCACGGCAAUAACAUCAUCCAUCUCGACAUGAAGCCGGAGAACAUACUCUGCCUGACGGAGAGCGGCAACCGGAUCAAGAUCAUCGAUUUCGGGCUGGCGCGCGAGUACGACCCAGACAACAAGCUGCAGGUGCUGUUCGGGACGCCCGAGUUUGUCGCCCCGGAGGUGGUCAACUUUGAGGCGAUCUCGUUCGCCACGGACAUGUGGAGCGUUGGUGUGAUCGCUUACGUGCUAGUUUCCGGACUUUCACCUUUUGCCGGUGAGGAUGACAUUCAGACGAUGGGCAACAUAACGAUUGGGAGAUACGAUUUCUUGGAUGAAGCGUUCGACAACGUUUCGGAGGAAGCGAUCGACUUCAUCAACCGGUGUUUGGUUAAGGAACAAAAGGAGCGUCUGACAGCGGAAGAUGCGCUCAAGCACAAGUGGAUCAAGCGGAAACCCCAGUACCAUCCAACGAAUCGGCGACCAUCGCUCACCAACAGCUUCAAGCCGAUUCUGCUGGAAAGCAACAACAACAGUAGUAAUGUGACGAACACCGAAAUUGCUAAGGACAAUCUGAAGGAACUGGUAGGCAAGUGGGACGAAACGCCCAACAAUCGGUACGCGUUCGAGCAGGACACGGAGAACAUUAUUGCGCCGUCCGGCGAAACCGUACAGCUGCGACGGCCCACGCUACCGGAGCUGGCCGGGCUAGCGAACGGCAGCAACACGUCCGGCAGCCGGAGGGGCAGCAUAGCGCGAGUAGCCCUCGACGUGAAUGAAGACGCAGAGAGUAACGCCGAAAAUGAAGCACCGAACCAGGGUAGCGAUUCGAACUACAAUGUCCAUCGCCGUUACGACGAGCAGCAAACGAAGCACCAACAACACCACUACGAUCCGGACAAACCACCAAUAUUACUGGAGUUGACGCAACAAACAAAAGCUGAAGCAGAAGAGUCGAUCGCAUCCGACAGCUUGCCGCUCUCAACUAACACUUUGCCGGCUACUAAUAGUGAGCGAUUUGAUAGCUGUCAGCGCAGUGUGACGUCUAACAGCGCCCGCUACGAUGAGGCACCUGCGGUACAGGGUGGUAACGCAGCUGGUGGUGGUAGUAGUAGAAGUAUUUGCAGUAGUGAUAGUAAUGGCAGUAUUAGUAGCUAUAGUAGCUUAGAGGAAAGAGCGCCUGCUGCUAACCAGCAAAUGCCAGCUUGCGCAAAUACCGACGGUGGUCUUGAGCCGGCAUCAAAGACCAUCGUCAUCGUCGUCCAGCAGCCGCAUCCCGUCCCAAACUCAUCCCCACACACCAACAACACGCACACUGAUACAAUCGCAUCCAACGGACGGCCAAACCGUACGUCCGUGUCGUCCGAUUUCCUUUCCGCAGAUAGUGACUCUGUUGCGUCCUCUAGUGACACCACGGCAAGCGUGUGCACGGAUCCGGCCCCAUCCCCAACAACAACACCACUACACCUUCUACACCCAGCGUCACCUGCCCAACCGAACCCACCACGGACCGUCGGUUCCGCGGGUGAUGGUGACGCGGUGACCGAUACACACCGGGACAAGGUACGUGACGAUUUGCGUAAACUUUCCGAUUUACUAAAGCUUUCCCUCACGAACGUGAAGGCAUUGGAUGGAGUGGAGCAGUCGGCACCGAACGCACCGACCGCCACCACACCGACAACCCCCGCACCUGCCCUCGAGCUGGACAGUGAGCUGGAGAGUCUCAAGUCGAAGGUGAACACGAUCCGCACCUCCCGGGCGCAGAACAAGCUGAAUGAGCUGGCCCAGCGGCCCGACUUCCUCGCGAACGAUCCGUUCAAGCUGCCUACGUUCCGGUUCCUGCCCAAGUCGAUCAGCCUCUGCAACGAAGAUUCGGUGUUCAAGGAGAACUAUACGAAGUUUUGCGAUCGUAACGCGUCUGGCAGGUUAUCGCGCGAACAGUCGCAGGAAACGACGGUAAGUGAGAAGAUAGACGCCGUCGGUACAAUUGUACGCAAGAAGUCGACCACGUCGUCAACGACGAAGAAGAAAAAAGAUCCAGAAGGAGCGGCCACGGCGACGACGACGACCACAACCACUACGACCUUCUCGAGUACACCCUCGGGAAAGAUCGCUUCCACUACUACGGUGCGCAAAACGAUCGUUAAACAGCAAAAGAUUGUAGUGGAAGAUGCGAGUUCGAGUGUGACGACUGUCGGGACCUCCGAGAGCAGCAGAUCGAGAUCGAUCGCACCAGUCAAGAGUCUCGAUGUGUCAUCAUCGUCAACGGCAUCGGACAGCAGCAAGUUAACGCAUUCGGCUUCGAUCAAGCGUACCAAAUUUCGCGUCAAUCAGCUCAGCAGUCGAGAUGUGCCGGUGGCGAUUAACUCCGUUGCACGGCGCUAUCUCGAGCGGAGUGGUGUACAGGAUGAUCUUUCCACGUCGGUCGCCAGACUGCCUCGUACGCUCAGCCCCACCGGCCCGGGUCAGACCACGCUCGACGACACGGUGAUGGCAAACAAUCUGCGCAACAGUGCGCUACGACUGCGCAGCUCGGUUUCGGUGGACUGGGAUGCGAUGGAGGCGGUCGAAAAUCGAUCGAUGAAGACGAUCAAUACCUUCCUGAAGCGGCACGCCGUAGCCAGUUCGGCCGUGAAACAGAUCCAAGCACAGCUAGAGGCAACCAUUACGACGCACAAGUAGGAUGGACAGAUUCCUCUGCUCACAAUCAGGGUGUUUGAGGGUGUUCGAUAGCAAUGAGAUGAUUGUACAUACAAUACGCACCCUCUUUUCUAUACGCCAUGUGUAUUUAUACGUAGCUUUACUUAUCGGUGAUGUAAGCAGUAGCGAAGCGAUGCAGUUUUAGUGUUAGCAUAUUUUUGUAUAGAUCACACAUGAUCGUAGGAGGUAAUGGUUAUAGAGAAAAGAAGAGGAAAGGCACAAUACGCUGUAGUGCCUUAUCGCACCAAGUGUGAUUAGGUAGAGAGUAUGUAGCUUACAAAUCAAAGUGAAUCACAAAAGAUGGGAAUAAAAUGCAGAGAGAAUUCUGAUACUCUACGCUAUCUUCGUAAGGGGUACGUCAAUGUUGCUCUGUAAAUGUAAGCAAAAAUCAAUUUAAAAUAUGGAUAUUGAAAUAAAGAAUAUACGUAAAAUAAAACUC